AUGAGAUCCCUACCAUUGGUCAUCGUGCUGCUGUGCAUGUUGUGUGCGGCGCAGGUUCAGACACAGGAGAGCGCCAACACACUGAAGCUGUGCGGUCGAGCUUUUCUAAGGGCAGUGGUGUUCAACUGCGGAGGAUCCAGGUGGAGAAGAUUUAUGGGAGAAGAGGAUACUUUCCCAGAAGGUCAAGAGGCAAACCUCCUAAAGUGGAUAGAUGAGUCAGUAAUGGAACGUCAAUUGCGGGACCAAAACGCGGCCUUGAUGAGAACGUGCUGCCAACAGGGUUGUCAAAAAAGCGACCUGUCCAUGCUCUGCUAG